UGAGAAGUACUCUCUGCAGGAAGAACGGGAAGUGGUUACACCUUUGCCUUCCGAGUUCAAACUCAUAAAGGCAGCUGAAGGAGAAGGAGUUGAAAGUGAAGACCAGAGGCAAUUCCAAUCCAUCGUCGGGAGCCUACUCUACGCUGCUGUGCAUACUCGGCCUGACAUCAGCUUUGCUGUGGGACAGCUGGCUCGACUCGGAGAAGGAAAGGUGUUCCUUUCCUGUUUUGCUGAUGCCACGUGGGCUUCUGAGCAUAAGGAUUCAUCAUCAGUUGGUGGAUACAUCUGCAUGGUGGGAGGUGGGCCUGUAAGUUGGAGGUCCAAGAAGCAGUCUGAAACGGCACUAUCUUCAGUGGAAUCUGAGUACAUGGCAAUGUUUCAUGCGGCAAAAGAAAUCAUUUGGCUAAGGAGGCUCUUGAAGGAGAUCGGCCAUGAACAGACUUGUGCGACACCUCUGUUCAGUGACAGCAAGGGAGCCAUAGCCAUGGCACGCAAUGCAGUUCUUCAUGGGUUGAACAAGCACAUGAGGAUCAAAUGGCAUUGGCUGCGGAAGGAGGUGAAGCUUGGGACACUGGAUCCGAUCUACGUGAAAACUCAGCAACAGCCAGCCGACUUCCUUACCAAGCGGCUAGCUGAAGAGCCACACUGGCACUGUGCGAGGAUGGCGGGAAUGUCCUUGAACUAGAGACGGCGAAACAAGCCGACAGUCUGAGGGGGAGUGUGUUGGUGCAUAUUCGUUUGCACG